GUCGAGACCUCUCCGUGGUAGGCAUCUGAGCAGGUUUCCUAAUCGGGUCUAGCGCCGCUCCACGUUCGACGCCCGUCUUUAGCGACCAGGAUGGCUUUGACAUUUCUGACUCCUUCAUCCAUCAACAACGCGCGUGCUUAAGGUGCAUCGGAUCGCUCCAACAUCCACCAUCGCACCCCCACCCCUUCAAAUCCUCGAUUGACGCGACAUUUCGGUCCCUACGGUCUCAACCCUCGAAUCUUUUCACGAUGCCUGGCGGAAAGGGAAAGUCUAUCGGUGGAAAGGGUGGCUCCAAGGACUCUGCGGGGAAGAGCCAGAAGUCUCAUAGCGCAAAGGCCGGUCUGCAGUUCCCUUGUGGACGUGUCAAGCGUUUCUUGAAGAACAACACGCAGAAUAAGAUGCGCGUCGGUGCCAAGGCUGCCGUCUAUGUCACUGCUGUCCUCGAAUACUUGACCGCCGAAGUGCUUGAACUUGCCGGAAACGCCGCCAAGGAUUUGAAGGUCAAGCGUAUCACGCCCCGUCACUUGCAGCUUGCGAUCCGCGGAGACGAGGAACUGGAUACUUUGAUCCGCGCCACCAUCGCCUUUGGUGGUGUCCUGCCACGCAUCAACCGCGCGCUGCUGCUGAAGGUUGAGCAGAAGAAGAAAAGCAAGACUGACGCUUAAAAUUCCUUUUAACGGCGGACCGGAUACCCGACGAACAAAUGGCGUUCUGAUCAUGAUGAAUUCAACCCGGGAGGACGAGCCCUCUUUUCCUUGUUCCUUAGCCUUUGGCCUGCUCUCGGCCACCGCCAGCACGUGCCGUCGAUUCUAGGAUAUGAACAUAGUGGCACUUUUGUGUCUCCCGGCACGCUACGCGUUCGAAAUGUUUCUUUAGCUCUGUUUUUCUCUUGUCUUACUUUUCUUUUUC